AUGCUGCUGCAGCGCUACCGCCGCUACUUUUUCGCCGCCAUUGCAAUCUCUAUCCUCGGCGCCGUUUUCGCCUACUGGGUUGUCAUCACGCAGCCGGACAAGACAGGGAUAUUCAUUCCGGAGCAGUUCAAAUCGUCGCUGGACGCCUGGAAAAGCGGCAAGAUCGCCGACGACGCCCACGCCGAAUUUUCCGCGCAAUUGAUGACGCACAAUCUCCUGGUAGGUGUUCUGGCUUCCACGACGGGCGUUGCGGGCGGCGUUCCCACUGUCGGAAUUUUGUUCAACAACGGCACAACGCUGGGCGCGUUCUCCGCCGUAAUGACGCAGGCGCAUCAGCACGCCCAUUUCUGGCCCGGCAUCCUGCCGCACGGCAUCGCGGAACUGACGGCGAUUUUCAUUUGCGGAGGCGCAGGCUUAUUGUUCGGUGUUGCCCUUCUGCUGCCGCGCCCGUAUUCCCGCGCCGACGCCCUCCGCAUCUACGGCAUGGACGCCAUCAAACUCACGCUUGGAACAAUUCCCCUGUUCAUCUUUGCAGGCGUAAUCGAAGGAAUGUUCUCGCACCUUGCUAUUCCUCCCGCCGCGCGUUAUGCGUUCGCUGGCGUCAACGGCGUUCUGUGCCGGAACUUGACUGACUCGAAUGCAGCGGAACGUUCGCCCCGUGAAACUCUGGCGACGCUUCGCGCCCAAUACCCCGAUUCGCCGUUUCUGGCGCUGGGACAAACCGUUUUCUGGGACGAGCCAGUGAAGGCCGCGUUGCGCCUUCUCCUCGACGAAUCGGGGCUUGGCGGUCAUAUGACCGUAGGCGUUCACGAUACCGAUUAUUUCGCUAAAGCGCAGAUUCGGCGCGGUGAACAGGGCCGUUUUGCUCUGCUUGCGCAUAACGAUGGCAGCACACGCGAUCUAUGGUCGGCGGCAGGCGAAAUCUCCACGCUGUUUGGCAGCGAGACGUUUCCCCGGCGGCAGGACUACGCCCGCUAUGGCGCGGCUUUUGAGCGCGUCGCAAAGUCAAGCGGCAAACUGCGGCAGGAGUUCCUCGAUGAAAUGACCGAAGCGUGGGGAUGGCGUGGGUUAGUUUACACCGGCUCGCGAGACAUUAUUGUAAAUCAAUUGCCCUUACGCGAAGUCGGCGAUGGUAUUAUGCAAAUGCUGGACUGGGGCUUUGCGAACGCCGUUCAGCAAAUCGUUCCCGGCUGUUGUCAGGACGAGGCGCGCCGCGUUGCCGACGAUAUCAUGGGCUGGUGUCAGGGCUACCGCGCCGCAAACCCCGACCGCACCCUUUCCGACCUGUAUCAAUUCCUGCUCCCGAAAUUCUACGAACUGCUGCUUGGUCACGCGCCGACCGAUAUUUCCGUAGACUGCACCGCCAAUUUGCUCCGUCUUACACCUGAAACCGCGGCUUUGCCCCGUUUCCGCUUCGUAGAAGCAUUCCUGAAUCCGCAGACCCGCGACAUCGCUAUUCAAGCCUACAACGAUUCUCUGGACGGCGCGGAGAUAUAUACCCUAGACAAAUUCGGCGCAGGAGCCUUACCCUUUGACUUGAUUCUGCCGGAGCAUGGGCGCGGAACCCUGCGCGUCACACCGCGCGUCUUGUUUGUGGAAACGCGGCAGCCUGUGGCGAUUGCCUUGAAGCGACCGAUAGAGACCGUCGCGGAACUGGCGGAAGUUCUCUAUCGCAAGUUCGGCGAUUCUGUUACGCUGGUCGGCAAAGCGGUCACGCUGGUUUCCAUGCUGGCGCAGGAAUUCAUUUUCGUGUUCAGUGAAGAGGGUUCCCUGUAUGUCAGCCGAACGCGGCAGAUGAACAAUGCGCUGGCAAAAGCGGGCGUUCCGCUGGAUAUGCGGCCUAUUUUGCGGAUGCGCUACGAUACCUGGGACGCGCUUGCCGUUUCCGAAACCACCUUGCGACCCGCCGCGCACCUCGCCGCAACGUUCGACCAGCCCACAUUGCCCGCAUCUGAAUUCGCCGCAACGUGGCGCCAUGUCGUGGCGGAACAGCGGGCUUUGUGUGAACGCCUCGCAGAACUGAAGAAGCCGCUCGACCUUAUGGCAUUCCUACAGGAGCGCGAACCGGAUGGAAACUGGGCCGCGCAAAUCCGAGCGUACCACGACGCGCAGGAUUGCCUGCUCACGCUGCGCGAGGACGCCGCUGCAUUGCAGGCGCAAGUCAACGCCUAUUACGUUCGCCUGCGUACGCUUGGAGCACUCCGACAAAGCGUUCAGACAGCGAAGGGGCAACACCAUCGCAGCAUGACGGAAUGGACGCCGGAACAGGAAGCCACACGGGAAGCCUUUACGCGGCGCGAACGCGAAAUCGCCCGCGAAAAGCGCGGCAUCUGCGCAAAUGUUGUGGCAUUGAAAGCGCAACGGUGGAACAUUGAGCGCGGCGCGGAAGCCGUAGAAUGUCGCAGUCGCCGCAGCGGUAUAGCGGACCAAGCGGAAUCCGCCCGGAUGCGUCUGAUUCGUAACGCCCUGCUCACAACCGAAGGACUAACGCACACCGCGCACCGCCCUUCUGCAUGGUGGUUCCCUCUCGCGGACACAAGCGGCGCAUGGUUCCGCCGCCUCGUAGACACAACGGAACUCUACACGGAACCCCUCCUCGAUUAA